AUGCAGCAGAAGGUAUGGCGCCCGUUGCUGCUGCUCUUGCUGCUGCUGCUGCUGCUGCUGCUGCAGCAGCAGCUGCUGCUGCAGCCGACGGCGGGCUUUAGGCGGUGGCAAGCUGCAGUGUCUGUACACCACAGAACCCCCAACCCAUGGACUGCAUGGGCUCACCGUAUUCAGCAGCAGCAGCAACAGCAGCAGCAGCAACGGCAGCAGCAGCAACAGCAGCAGCAGCAACAGCAGCAGCAGCAACUGCUGCAGCAGCCAGUUCACAUGCAUGCAUCUUCUACUUUAUUGAGCUGGCAAUUCAACAGGGUCUCCUCCUCAGCUCUCAGCAGCAGCAGCAACAACAGCAGCAGCAGCAGCAUUGGCAGCAUUAGCAGCAGCAACAGCAGCAGCAGCAGCAGCAGCAGCAGCAGCAAGGUACCAGAGCGUCUAUCUGUGUUGAUAGACAGGCUGACGGCUCUUAAAGACCCCAGGGCAAGGUGA